UGUGUGUGUGCGUGCGUGUGUGCGUGUGUGCGGAGGGGCGCCGGGCGCAGAGGCGCGCAGUGGCUGUCGCUGCUGCUGCGGAGGGCGGAUCGAGCGCAGGCGACAUGGAGCGGCGAUGGACGCGCGCUGUCACCAGGCUGGAGAAGCACGAGGCGCGCGCGGAGGCGGGGUCGGAGGCCGCGUCCUACCAGUUCCUGCUGGCGGGGCUGGUGGCUGCGCGCCUGCGCGUGCUGCGCAUGCGCCGCCCGGAGCUGCACCUGCGCUUCCUGGUAGCGUGCGACGUGCGCGGCGCCGAGCCCUUUGACGACCUCGUGGUGCACCUCCGCUGGGACUACCAGGGCCGGCGGCGGCUGCUGUCGUACCUGGUGCUGCUGGCGGCCGAGGCGGGCGCGCGCGUGGACGUGGCCGGCUGCCUGGCGGCGUUGGGGGCCGCCGCGGACGCCGCCGCGCGGCCGGAGGCGGAGGGGGCGGAGGCGUCGCCCACGCGGCGCCUGCUGCGCGAGUGGUUCCGCGAGGACCUACGCCUGGUGGUGGUGACGCGCGGGCCCUGGGCGGAGGGGGGCGAGGGCCCCGGGCCCCCCGCGCACCUCGACUUCCCCUUCGAGGGCGUCUUCCACACGGGCUGCGGCCGCCGCGACUUCGUGGCCGCCGACGCCGCCGACCCGCACGCUGCCCUGCGCCGGAAGCUGUGCGUCUUCAGCGAGCAGGCGGACGUGGCCUGCCUCGGCCGACAGGUGGCGUUCGCGCUGGAGGACGCGCUGGGCGGCAGCGUGCUCUACUCGGCCGACGCGCCGCGGCGCUACGCGACCUUCCUGCGCGAGUGGUGGGGCGGCGCGGCCGGCGACUGCCUCUCCGACGACUCCACCGAGCUCGAGGCCAUCUCGCUGGCGGGCUUCCGCACGGCGCUGGUGGUGGUUCCGGGCAUCCCGCAGGAGGCGCGCGCGUCGCGGCUGCAGCCGGCGCUGGCGGCGUCGCAGCCCGGGCGCUUCGCCGUGCUGACGCAGCGCGCGCUGCGCUCGCACCCGCUGCCCGUGCUCGAGAGCAUGUGCGCCGCGCUGUGCGACGAGGUGGCGCUGGCGGUGGACGAGCUGGACGCCGCCACGCGCGCCUUCGUGCAGCGCCUGCUCACGCACACGCGCUGCCGCGGGCUGGAGAUGGCGCUGCGCGACCUGGAGGAGCCGUUCGCCGGGGUGCGCGGCGCGGUGCGCGGGGCGGCGCUGGGCGCGCUGGCGCUGGACCGGCCCGUGGCGCUGGGCGCGGCGCUGCCCGCCCCCGGCGCGCACCUGGUGGCGCGCACGCUGCUGCACCGCUCAGCGCCUCGCGCCGUCCGUCUUUGCGCUGAGCAGCGCCGGGACCACGUCUUCCUCGGGGGCUUCCCGCGUCCCGCGCUCGCCGCGCUGCGCCGCCCCGACGCCGCGUGGGCCGAACCGUGGGCGCUGGCGGGCGACCUGGCCGCCGCCGCCGCCGCGCUGCAGCUCAAGACAACGUGGAGCGCGGUGCGACGGCGGCGGCGCGCGCUGCGCCGCCAAGUGGGGCGCCGGCAAGGCAUGCACUGGCGGCGCACGACCGGCCGCCACGUGCUGUGGAGCGCCCCGGACGGCGACCCGCGCUCGCUCGCGCGCCAACGUCGACCGCCAGCGCCCCCGUGCCGCGACGCGCCGCUCUGCGCGCACGCACACGCCGCCGACUUCUCCACUGGAAGGAGCGCACCGUGCUGCUGGCGGGCGAGCCGGGCAGCGGCAGGUCCACCUUCCUGCUGCCACUGGCCCAGGAGGUGCAGCGGCGCGCGGGCCCGCCACUGGGUGCUGCUGCUCAGCGCUGCACGAGGGCCGCACCUUGGACAUCCUGCCCGACGGGCGGAGCGCGCGACGUGCUGCAGCGCUGCUCAAGAAGGCGGCGGGCACGGCGCAGACACGCCACCGCGACACGGCCAACCUGCUGCCGCAGGCGUCGCUCGGCGCGCGGGCAACCCUGACGUGCUGGUGGACGGCGUGGACGAGGCGCUGCGCGCGGCUGGACGCCACGGCUGCCAGAGUGGCUUGGCGGCGGAAACCGGGCCUGGCGCCCCCGGCUCCGCCCUCGCCUUCGACUGCGGCCCGGCGCUGUCCCUGCAGCCGCUCGGCGCGCGCGACCAGCUCGCCUACUUGCUGCGCAGAUGGCGCGGCUGCGUGGACUGCGACGACGAGCGGCGCGCGGAGGACGGGAUGGCCCACCUCGUCCACGCCAUCAGGGAGGCCACGCUCACCGACGGCGCGGGCCUCUGUGACGCGCCCCUCUACAUGCACAUGCUGGCCGAGGCCUACAUGAACGACCUCGAGGUCCUCCAGCGCGGGGACGUGGCCGACCUGGCGGCGCUGCUCACCCCGACCGCCGUGUGCGCGCGCUUCGUGCGCAAGAGCCUCAACGCCAUCUGCUGCAGCGGAGGCGACCUGCUCGCGCUCGACACCUGCGUGGACGACAGCAGCGUCAAGAAGCACACGCUCUACGCCGCCAUGGAGUGCUUCGCCAGCAAGCACGCCCUGGUGGACGGCCGGCCGAUCUUCGUGCACCGCUGCGUGGCGGAGUUCCUGGCGGCGCUGUGGCUGCGCGACCACUUCGCCUCGCUGCCCGAGACGCUGGCGGCGCUGUACGACGGCCUCUUCGCCGGCGUGCGCCUCUUCUUCGACGCGCUGCUCGCCGAAGAGCGCGCCCUGGCGGCGGCGCGCGCGGACGUGGAGGCGGAGGACCGCGGCGGGCGGCGCGCCCUGCACCUGGCCGCCAUCUGCGCGCGCCUCGGCGCCGUGCAGCGCCUGCUGCGCGCCGGCGCAGACGCGCGCGCGCGCGACGCC